AUGCCGGACUGGAGCUCACCAACGGAGUUGGAGCUUGAUGCUAGUGCUUUCACCAAGCUGAUGCACUGCUUGGCGGGCGUAUACUUCUGGGAGUUUGUGACUACGCUUGACUUUGACUGGUCCUUCGUCACCGGCAAGCGGAAGUUCCAAUGGCCAUUGAUCUUCUACAUGGCUGGACGAUACUGCCUCUUCUUCGCAUUGAUCGGAAUCCUGAUCGCCCUUGACUCUGUAAAGGAGGUCAACUGCCAGGCGCUGUACACGUUCGACCAGCUCGCCGGCGACGCUGCAGUGGGCUUAGCGAGUAUCAACUUGUCAAUCCGCACGAUGGCACUCUGGUCGCAGAGCCUGUACAUUGUCAUCCCCCUUGUGUUCGUGAUCCUCGGUCACUGGUCGUUGAUCCUGCAGGGUGUAUUGCUCAAGGCUGAGUGGAUUCCCGGCGAGGGCUGCGCCAUCACCCACACGAACAACACCACCCUGGCGGCGACGUUCAUCUACUCAAUGUGUUUUGAUGCGCUUGUCAUGGUACUGAGUGCGAUCAAGCUAUACAACCGCGCGCACCGCUCGCAGCUCGUUGGCAUGCUGUUCAAGGACGGUCUCAUCUACUUCAUGGUCGCCUUCGUUGCGAACCUGAUCGCGACGAUUUUCAUGGUGCUGAACUUGAACUCGAUCAUGAGCAUCGUGUUCAACGUGCCUGCCGCGAUCGCAUCAACAAUCGUUGCAUGCCGUGCUGUGCGUCGCCUGACCAAGUUCAAAAGCGAGGGCCCGGAGAUCUACACCGCGAGCAGCCACUCAGGCGUCGUUGGCUUCCGCUCGAUGAACAACCAGCCUAUCGCAAGCAACGUCGGACGUCCAAAGUCGGCGCACACGAAGGACCUCAGCGGCGUGCACGUCCAGAUGCAGACGUUCACCGUCGGCGAUGAUAGCAUCCCACCCUACGCGGUCGAGACCGAGCGCAAGCGCGUCGCCGACCUCGAGUCGGCGGUGUCUGACACCGAGCUGGGCAGCCCUGCGUCGGAUUACAAGGCAGAGGCGCUCUAG